AUGUUGUCUAGGGCCAACAGAGGACAUGAGAGCGUCGAGGGCAAGUACGCAUGGCAAGACUUAAAGCAGAAGAAGGUCAAGGUCAGUCACAGCAGCUUCUACAUCAAGUCUAGCACCAGCCGUGAGGCUUGGACCAAGUUCAGCGGCCGGACGGAUAUACCAGCGCGGCGUGCCAUGUUUCACGCAGCCAACGCGCAUUGGUGUGUGCUUGACGCCAUGGGCGCUAGCGCUGGAGCCGCAGUUGGCGCCUUCGCGGGGCGCGCGCUACUGGCGGAAUAA